CGGUACGUGUCCAUAAUCUCCAAUGGAGAAGACCGUCGUUCUGUACCCCGGCCUCGCAGUGAGCCACUUCGUCCCGAUGAUGCAGCUCACCGGCGCCCUCCUCGAGCACGGCUAUGCCGUUUCCGUCGCCCUCAUCGGCCGUGCCGCGGAACACAACACCGCCUUCGGUGCGGUCGUCCGCCGGACUGCCUCCUCCAUGCCGUCUGUCCGUAUCCACACCAUAGUUGCCGAACCAUUCCCUCAUCGGCGCGCCACCGCCGCUGUCGUCGUUCAACCUCUCUGGUACCAUCGUCUCGUGAUUAGCUACAACGGGCUCCUCCACGACUUGCUCUGCUCCUUGGAGCGCGUCCACCCCGUGGUCGUCGACUCAAUGUCUGAUGAAGCGCUCGGCGUAACCAAGGAGCUCGGGAUCCCCUGUUACACCAUGUACACCUUCAAUGCCACCACCCUCCUCGCCUCCAUCCAGCUCCCUUCCGUGCAUGGCGUCGGCGAGGGCCGGGCAAGCUUUAAGGACCUAGAGGACAUCACCAUCGACUUCUUCGGCCUCCCGCCCAUAUCGGCCUCACACCUUGUACGCGAUGUGCUCCAGGACCAGGACCCGGAGGGAGAGACGUACAAGGCGAACAUGGCCGCGAUGCGCAGGAUCCCGGAGGCCGACGACAUCCUCGUGAACACGUUCGAGUCGCUGGAGCCUCGUGCGGUGGCUGCUCUCAGGGACCCGCGCUGCCUCCCCGGCCGGGUCCUGCCUCCUGUGUACUGCGUCGGGCCUCUGGUAGAGAGCGCGCGUGAAGCAACCGUACCCAGGCACAAGUGCCUGGCCUGGCUGGACGGUCAACCAAACCACAGCGUCGUGUUCCUCUGCUUCGGGAGCGUGGGGUGGGGAGCCCACUCGAAGGAGCAGCUCAGGGAGAUCGCCGUUGGCCUGGAGAACUCCGGCCAUCUGUUCCUAUGGGUCGUGCGAGCCCCCUACAGCGGCGUCCCGGACCUUGGCGCGCUCCUGCCGGACGAGUUCUUCGAGCGCACCGCCGGCCGCGGCGUCGUCGUCAAGCUGUGGGCGCCACAGGUCGACGUUAUUGUAUUCCUCCCUACAACAGACGUGCUCCGCCACAGGGCCACCGGCGCGUUCGUGACUCACUGUGGAUGGAGCUCGGUGCUGGAGGGCGUCAUGGCUGGCGUGCCGAUGGUCUGCUGGCCGCGGUACGUGAAGCACAGGAUGAAGAAAUUGCUCAUGGUGGGCGAGAUGGGGAUCGCCGCGGAGAUGGUCGGGUGGCAGCAGGGGCGGGUCCAGGCCGGCGAGGUGGAGGCCAAGGUGAGACUCGUCAUGGAGUGUGAGGAGGGUAAGGCGCUCAGGGUGCGGGCGGUGCACAAGGACGGUGCGGCCGUGUCUUGGAAAGACGGCGGCUCCGGCCGCGCGGCGUUUGCCCAGUUCCUGGCGGAAGUGGAUGGCAAAGGCAAAGAACCUCGGCUCUCGACUUGCAGCGAGGAAGCUGUGGGUGUCGCCUGAACUUUGACUUUCGUCAGCGAGCAUAGAAUCGCCGCCUUGCUUUCACUGAGAAAUGAC